GCAAAUAGUUUUGUAGUUUUGGAUUUUAAAAAAUGUUAGAUAGAUCGUGAAGAAAACAUAUUAAAAAAAUUAGUAGUUAGUGUAUGUAUACAGUGUUUAUGUAUUUUAAACACGUGGAAAAAAUAUAUCGUGUUCAAGAGCAACCUACUUUGUUCCUGUUGACCUGCCUCGAACUGUGAUCGUUUGAAAGGUUACACGCAUCACCAGCCUGUAUUCAUCACUGCCAACUAUUCCGCCCUUUUGCGCGCUAAAUGCCGCAAUGCUAGACAAGGUCCAUAUUAAUUAUAAGAGAAAAGCUCAAUAUUAUAAAAAUAGAGAAAAGCAUUGGCGUACUUGACAGCGACGGGAUCAGGAGGAGAGCACCAUGAGCCAGUCUAUAGAUGAGGCCCGAGCGGCUCGAAUCCAAAAAUAUAAGGAGGAGAGAAGAAAACAACUAACGGCCCGAACAGCGACAUUGUUCUCCGCAAACGUCACUGAAAGACGCACGAAGCGAUCAACGAAUCGGGCCGCAGCUGAAGAAUCUGCAGCUCAUCUCAAGUCUUCCUCUGAACUGAACAUAAACACAGUUUCAACUACAGUGCCUAUUAGAACUACUCGUACUUCGCGUUUGAGAGCAGCAGCCACGAAUAAUGGCGAAUUUUCACCUUCUCCUCGAAAAUCUAACCGGAGCUCCUCUGUCCAAUCGUUGCUCGAAGAUUCUAAAUCAAAAUUACCUAAAAAUUCCAAAAUUAUAGAUAGGGAUAAAAAGAAUACAACACAUAGAAGACAAAGUAGCGAAAAAGAAAAUAAAAGUACGUUUGAUAAAGAAAUUGGUGCUAUUAAAAUGAAACCUAAACAUUCCAUGAGUAAUUAUAUUUUAGAAAAAGACAGAAUUAAUGUUAUAUUGACCAGUCCAAAAAGCAAGAGUGCGCAAGAGAAGAAUAAGUUAGAUCAUAAUAGAAAGAAUGUAAGCAUUGAGAACAAGACAAAAGAAGUUUAUGAUGAGAAAAGUCCGUUACUGGUUAACGGUGAUCUUCAUAUGAAAUUCGAAAAAGAACACAAAAUUUUUGAUGAUGAUAAAAUUGACGACCUGUUCAAUAGUCUUGUUAUUGAUGACGUAGAUAGACAAAUCGAAUUACGAAUUAACAAUGACGUCGUUGAAGAGGAUUUAGGGCUCAAAAAUAGUCACAAUACUUUUACUCCUACCGCCGAUAAAGCAAUAGAUGUUAAUAAUGUGAAAAUAGAAGAAAGUGUAGUGCCAAAAGUGAAAGAGGACGUUGGGAGCUUGCUAGGAGCCGUGUGUGUACGGAAAGUGGAAAGGUUUAGUGAAUUGCUCAGCAAUUUGUGUUCACCAUGCGAAGCUGAUAUUCUGUUCGAAGAUAUUUUGGUAGAGAAUGGGAUCAAUGGAAGCAGUAGUAUGCGUUCGACGGGACCAGAAUGUACAGCGCCUUGCCUUCGAGCUCAACCCACUACACGAACCACGAGCACGCCGAAAAAGGCUCCAAUGCAGGCGACCACCACGAAUAAUGAAGCCACAGGAAGCGUCGCAAGAACGAAAAACCGACGUUCUCUCGAAGCGCCACAUUCCAAGACUGAAAAUUCAUUACCGUCUUCCAAAUCUACGAAAAGUGCUUUUAAUAUAUCUUUUGGUAUUAAGUCAACCCUUUCAAAGUCUGCUAAUUCGAACGUUUCUUCCCACAAACCGCACGAGAGGCGUCGGAGUAACGAAACAAACAUUAAACCCAGCAAUAUACCUCUUUCUAAGAAAACAUCUGUCCGCACUUCAACGUCGCCUAUCAAACAGGACUUAUCAAAACAGUUAACUUCUAAAACGGAAACAAAAUUUCUUGAAUCCAACAGAGGUAGAUCUGUUCGCAAAAGUCCCGAGAAAGCGAAGAGUGAGACAGAAAAUAAACGUGUCGAUAGAAGAAAUCAAGCUCAAAAAAAUAGUGAAAGUCUUAGUGAAAAAUAUCAUUAUUCAAAGAAAAGACUGACUAGUUUAGAAAAUUCUCCGAAAGACAGCAAAGGUGAUAGAAAUCAUUCACCGACAAAAGUGCUAAACGCCAUUCUACAAACAGAAACAAAACAAAACUUUGGUACAUGUGCAUUAGAAAAAAAUAAAGAUACUGCCAAAAUGUUCACGCUUCACGAAACUGUUAGACCACAUGCAAGUAAUUCUAGACUUUCGCAGGAAAUGGAUAGUUUAGCCGCCUUGACUAAACAAACGUUAGAUAGGGUUAACAAAUUGUCGAAUAACUUAACUAGUGCUAAGUUAAAUCUAGACUCGUCAGAACAAAAGUUAGACACGUUAUUUAAAUCGAAACCAGAACAACUAAGUAUUAGUCAUCCUAUUAAUUAUGGUCUGCACAACGAUAGACCGAUAUACAAUAGAGGAGUAACAGAAAGGUUGAAGGAUAUAGAUACGGCUGCUCAGAGACUUAUAGACUUUGAAAAGCAAAGUGCAAUGUUUUCUGAUCUCAAUAAUGAUACUAGUCAAAAUCGUCGUCUUGAUUCGUCAUCGUCCAGUAGUCAUACGCCCGUAUCUAUCUUAAAGCGGAAAUCCGCUCACGAAGAAAAUACUUCUUCCGCUAUUUCUAAUCAUGCCAUUGCAUCUCCACCGGUAACUUUCUCUCCAAGCGUUGUCGAAUCUAACGGCCGAUCUGAAAACAGACAGAGACAGGGUAUAUUGAAGAAACGGAGAAGUCUGGAUGAAUCGCAAGUUGCUAGAAGGCGGUCAUGUAGUCCGGAAGUCUCUUUUGCUGAUGAUGGCACCUUGGAGACAAACAAACCAAUUUUGAAAAAUCGAAGGUCGUCUUUAGAAGAUGUAGUUAGAAAUCGAUCACCAGAUGGGCAAAUACAUGGCAUACUGAAAAGAAAAACAAGCCGAGAAGACGACCCUCUUAAUGAUGAAAUGUCGCAUAGUUCUCCAGAACCUCAUAGUAUUUUAAAACGAAAAUCGAAUUCAAGUUCCAGCAGUAGCACAGCAUCGUCACACGUCUCUAUUGCUCAAGCCGUUUUGUUAGCAGCUGCAGGAGGUGCAGAGAUUAUUGAUGACGAUAAAGAAAUCGUAAGACCUAUAUUAAAGAAAAAGAGCUUUUCUGAAGAACGGCCAUGUGUCGAUAUUGCCGGGUGGGACACACCUAGACCUAUUUUGAAAAAAAAAUCUACCGAGGAUGACCAUGACUUUGACCUGCCGAAGAAACCGAUUUUGAAGUCUUCAAAAAAAUUGUCCAGCGAUGAUGGACAUGCUUCUAGUUUCGAUUUGAGCGAAGACGACCGAAGCUCCCGAAGACCAUCACUUCUCAGGUCACGGACGUCAGACCAUUCGGGAUCAGAGUGUGAAGCAGCAGUUAGACCUAUUUUAAAGCAGAGAGGUUCCAGUUUAACAAGGGAACGAAGCCAAUCUCCGCGCCCACGACUUUCGUUCUGCGCGGACAACGAUGCGAAUAUUUGUGUGACGAAUUUUAGUAGCGACGCGAACGACUCGUGUGCGGCUGGACCGCGCCGAGUGUUGAAUCUUUUACCUACGCCCGAUCCGGAGGAGAACUACCCAAGUGCAGUGCUUCGCCGGAGAAACCAACGACCGAAAACGAAUCCUAGAUCAAAAAGUUUAGCUUGUGAUGUUAACGAUGAACUACUAUCCAUACUGAACAAUCGAAGAUUAAAAGUGGAUGAAAGUAGUGACAGUGCUCGUUCAGAAACAUGGUCUAGUGAACAGAGAAACGAAAAUGGAGAUGAGAAAAACCCAAAAACAUUUCCAUCUAUAGCAUCGAGGAUAAAGAGCAUGGAAAAAGCUCUUACUAAAGAUUUAUUUCCAAAAGAUCUGCCAUCAACAUCUAGAAGUAAAGGACGAGAUAAAGAACGAUACAAAACACAACCCAUCACCGUCGAUGAAAUGCGAUUGAUCACAUCCAGCUUGGAGCCGAGCCAAGAGAGUUUUCAAGCGUUCGGCGAAACGGACUGUAGUUUUCCGAGCCGUCCCGUCGUGGCCGGUGCUGUUCCCUCGUCCAGGGGCGUCUUUCCCCUUUCGGGGGAACCGGAAACGGAUCCAUUCGCAGACUUCGCCAAAACGUUAAACUCGCCUCCGUACGGAGCCAGCUCGUUCGGUCUCAAGUCGCCGACGACGCCGCACUGUUUGUCCGACGACAGUCCCAAGGACGACAGCUACGGUGAGGCCAAUUUUCUAGACUUGGAAAACGUUGUGGGCAAAUCGUCGACUUUGGACGAAAUAGAGCAAGAAGUAAACAAAGUACGAGUCGCAUUAGACGAGGACAGUCGCGCGCUAGACGAAGACGAGAGACAGCAAGCCGAAGCUGACAACUGGAGUCUGAAUGUCUCCUGUGACAGCGGAGUCUACAACCGUGCAUCAUCUAGAGACUCCGGUCCUCAUUCCGGUGAAGAACUAGGCUUGAUCGAAAGCCAGGAGGCUCAGGACAACCAAGCUACAAUCAGUAGUACGAGCAACGAGUGGUCGUCGUCGUCCAUCGAACGCGGGUUGGUCACGAUGGACCGAAAGAGGAAGUCCACGGUGAACGAUGCCGGGAGCCCCGACACGCCCAGCGACGACGAGAAGGACAACGGCGGGUUCGCCCUCGGGCUAGUCAAGAGCAACAGCGUGGUCGCAAGGGCCAGCAUGUGGCAACAAUUACAGCAACAGGCCAAAGGAACACCGAAACCUUUGAUCCGUCACAGUCGCUCCAAAUUAAAGGAGGGUCCCCCGGUGGCGGAGAGAUUUAAGACUCAGCCUAUAUCGUUUGCGUCUUCGGAUGAAACAAGCGAACCACCCGCGAAACCCGUCUCGCUCGCUCACUCUAAGAGCACAGCAAACGUGCUAGACAGAGACGAAGAUGCUAAAUUAGACGAAGACGAUCCGGCCAAGAUGUCGCUGUCGGAGAAAAUGAAGAUGUUCAACGCGAGGCUGACGCACAAGCCGCCGAUGGCGGGCCUACCGCGGCCCCGGGACGACCGGCCGCCACGGGCCUCGCGCCUGCGCACCAUGCCCGUGCUGGCCAGCCAGAUCCAGGAGGCCAUGGAGCAGAACGAGAGGCUGACGAAGUCGCUCACCCACGAGGACGUGCCGCGUAAUCCGGACUUCCAACUCAAAAUGGAACUGUUCCGCUCGGCCAGCGCUAAGAACACGUCCCUAGAAUAUCUCAUGAGGGAGAACGCAAAGUUUAGGAGCUUAGAUUACGACGAUGACUCGCCCCCGGAGCGCGCUCAGAGAAUGAUAACUCCGGAAGUGAGAGGCAUAUUGAAGUCGGGUUCGACCGUAGUGCCGACGAGACCCAAGGUCCUGGCUAAAGGCGAGAGCUCUGAGGUUGGUACGGGCCUUAAAGACGAAGGCAUCGACAGCUCGUCAGACGACGAGUCCGAUUCGGCAACCAGCGUUUCAUCGUCAGAGAAAAGCUGCUCAUCAUCGGAUAGCUCCGAAGAGCUUCCAGACCCGAAGCCGCGUCGCUUCCAACGUAAGAACAACAAACUGAAGACCUCGAGAACAGAGUCCGAUAUAACUCGGGACCACGAAGCGUUUCCCCACAAGAUUCAACUACCAGGCGCGCAUGAACUCAAAGAGAAAAUCAAUCAGGCCAAGAACGUUGACGUCAAAAUCCCCGUACUAGGGAAACUGGGAAGGCGGCCCUCACAAGAUGGUAAAGUCGACGAUGAUGCUACGAGAUACAGGAGGUUUAUUAAGAAACUAGACGAGCCCGUGCAGUUGGGGAAGUUGAGACGCCCCACCGAGAACGCUGAAGUCCCUCUGGCGCCGGUCAUGAAGAUAUCUGCCCUCAAUCAGACCGCCAAGAAUAAGUUCUUCGGCAUUGAAACAGAGAAGAAGGACAAGAGCAUCGAUGAGUUGGCUGCAGCCGUCAGAAAAUACAUUCCACCGAUGAGCAAGUCAAUGUCGGUGCACACCAUCGAAGUGCAAGGCUCCGGCAGCGACGGCGAGAGCAGUGGCGGUCGGGAAGUGAGGCACAUCAACACCAGAGGACGCCACAGGGUCGGUGGUGGAGUCCAACGCAGCGCCACACAUGCGGACAUGCCCAACAGAGGUGUAACGAUCGCCGAAAGGCUUGCUGCGCUUCAGGCUGCGGGAGCUAAUGACUGGCGAGCCAGAGUUUGCCGUCUCAGCCCUGAGAGAGACGAAACCAAGGCCAUUGAAAGAGCGAAGAACAGAAUUAAUGAAUCUCUGAACGCUGUCGCAGAUGAAAAGAAAAAGGUUCAAGUCGACGAAAACGAAUUAGGACCUAAUAUUCUUGCUGACAGAAGAAACAAAUUGGAGACGGCGUCGCAGGGAUGGCGCAAGAGAGUUCCCCAGAACGAUGCUACGAUGUUCACGGUGGCUGGCCGUCUGGAACGAGACAAGGUCGCUACGACCACACCACCGCUGACUCCUCCGACGAUACCAUCACCAAUGGCAGUUGCGUCACCUGGCAUACCGCCUCCGAACAAGUUCAGAUCUCGCAAACAGCCAUCGUCACCAACAAACGGGUUCCCAUCUGGCCCGCUCAGGUCGGCCUCGUGCGCUGUAGUCAGUGCUGCAGCCGUUGAACUGAAACCCAAGGAACCGGUGCAAAUCGACAGAGAAUCCUUCAAGAGGAGUCAUUCCGUCAGCGAGAGUAUUAGCAGUAGAGCCGAAGAGAAGGAUGAAUCUCCCGGUGCAGAAAAGUCGGGUUGCCCAGUUAGAGUGCCACGGGCAGACGAUGAGACCUUCCAUGCGUUCUUCGCUCCUCUUCAGCAACAGGAGAAGACCGUUGACGCCGUGGACGUCGAUCUAGACGCCAUCGAUAGCGGCUCAAGGCAAUUGUUGGCCAAUGAAUGGAGUCGUCGUGCCAAACGCGAGCGUCGCCACGCCGCCUCCAGGAACCCGCUGAGGGCGCUCGCCGCGCGCACCGACCUGCGCGACGAGUACGUCCCGCCCCCCUCCACCAAUAUACGGGAACAGCUUAUCAAGGAGAAGGUGACGGCAAACGUGGGCUUAGCAGCCGAAGCUCUGGCGGCACUCGCCAGCAAGGAAGACUUCGCCAACGUCGCCCUGCGCAGUGCGGCGUCCGGGCCUGCGCCCCCGCACGGCACCCGCGCGCUCAUGCUGCUCCACGUCAAGGGCAGGCGACGGGUGCAGACAAGACUCGUGGAGCCUGUUCACACGAACAUCAACCGAGGUGAUUGCUUCAUACUCAUCUCGGCGGACCAGCUGUUCCUCUAUAUUGGACAAUACGCUAACGUCAUUGAAAGAAAUCGUAGCAUGGACGUGGCCCAGCACAUCCUCAACACAAAAGAUCUCGGAUGCAAGAACGCCGCGAGCAUCACGAAAAUCGACGAGCAAUCGAAGAACUACAACAACAAACAUUGGAACCAAUUCUGGACAAUGCUGGGCGUCACCGAGGACAUCGAAGAUUACAAACCGACCGAAACCGGACACCCCGACGAAGACGAAAUAUUCGAGUCGUGCAUCGUCCAGACCAACAUGUGCUACGAGGUGCUGGACGACGAGCUGGUGCCGAUCAAGGAGUACUGGGGCCAGAUGCCGAGGAUCGCGAUGCUGAACCAAUCGAAGGUCAUCGUAUUCGAUUUCGGUUCCGAAAUGUACAUAUGGUACGGCAAGAACGUGCCCCUCGAGAGCAGACGUCGCGCGGCCCAGCUCGCCCAGGAGCUGUACGACGACGGCUACAACUACGAGGAGUGCCACGUUAACCCUCUGAACGCCGCAAUGUAUCAGGGCGCACGCGAACAGAUCGACGCGACCGCCAAAACGUCCAAAACCCGACCCGAGUGGGCGAUACUGUCCAAAGUCACCCAACACAUGGAAACGAUUCUGUUCAAAGAGAAGUUCCUCGACUGGCCGGACUACACCCGAGUAAUUCGGGUCAAGACCCAAGAGAACAAAACGAACACCGCCGAAAUAACUCCGUGCGAUGCCGAGGAGAUGUGGUCCAACGAGUACCAGGACCCGGAUCUCGUUCUAGAGGGAUCUCACCUGGGUCGCGGGACGCACUACUACGACAAAGACAACAUGAGACAUUACGACAUCAGAACUAAGUCCGUUUGCAAGUGGCUCGUGCGGGAAUACGAUUAUCAGAAGGUCGAAAACGAAGCCGAGAUUCCGGAGUUCUUCUCCGGGGACAGCUACAUUAUUCGUUGGGAAUACCAGAUCACCGUCACCGGCCGAGAGCUGAACGGGAAGCCGUCGAAACACAACGUGACCGGCCGAGACCGAUGCGCCUACUUCUGCUGGCAGGGGAAGGACGCGUCUCCCAACGAAAAAGGCGCGGCGGCUCUGCUCACCGUCGAGCUGGACCGCGAGAAGGGGCCGCAAGUCCGCGUCGCCCAAGGCAACGAACCUCCCGCCUUCCUGAACCUGUUCCAAGGGAACUUGGUCAUAUACCAGGGAAAGCGCGGAGUCGAUAAGAGCCGAUACAGAUUAUUCGUGACUCGGGGCAAUCUGUCGAACGAAGCGUACCUCCUUCAAGUGCCCUGCUCCGUGCGGCAACUUCGAAGCCGCGGCUCGCUGCUUUUGGUCGACACGGAGAAGGGCCGGCUGUACAUCUGGCACGGAGCGCGCAGCCUCAAGCACACGAAGAACAUCGCCAUCGAACUCGCCAACAAGCUGAUCGCCAGGAAGUCUGAUUACUUGUUCGGCGGCGAGCUGGAGAUCAGCGAGGUUAAAGAAGGUGAUGAGCCCAAGGAGGUGCUGGAGGGUCUGGGCGUCUCCAACAAGCAGUACUACAACUCGGUGCUGAGCGGCGGGCGGGAGGCGGGCGGUGACGUCACGCCGCGCCUGUUCCACUUCACGGACGCGAGCGGACAGUUCGAGGCUAACGAGGUGUUGUCUCCGCUGCGGCACGAGCAGCUGGUGACACCCUUCCCUUUUGAGCAAAAGGAGUUGUAUUCCGCUUCGCAACCUGCUCUGUUCCUGUUGGACGACGGUCUUCACGUGUGGUUAUGGCAGGGAUGGUGGCCUCGCGGUGAAGACGGUGAACUUGAACCCGCAGAGAUCAACAACGGUGUGGGAGCGUUCGCAGGUCGGUGGCAGGCCGUGCGCGGCGCCGCCCUCCGCACCGCCGCCGCGUACUGUCGCCGCCCCGCGCCCCCCACCGCGCCCUCCACCGCGCCCCCCGCCGAGCUGCGCGUGGUCGCGGCCGGGCUGGAGCCGCAGGCCUUCACCGACCUUUUCGACACCUGGGAGCAUCACGACGAAGCCGCCGACGCUAACAUUGCUCACGGGUUCAAGGCGGGGGAGGUACUGUGCGGGGUGCGGGAGCUGACGCGCCUGUCGAGCCGCGCCGAGUUGCCGCUGGCCGCGCUGCAGCGCCGCCCGCUGCCCGACCACGUCGACCCGCAUCACCUCGAGCGGCACCUCUCGGCGCACGACUUCACGGAGGCCUUUGGUAUGACUCAAGAAGAAUUCGCGGUUCUGCCGGCCUGGAAACAGACUAACAUGAAGAAAGAUCUCGGACUGUUUUGAUCGAUCAGCCUUUUCGCACUUGUUGGAUCUGUACACUGCGCGUCCGGCGCGACCGAUCGCGACGCGAGACGCGGGAUCGAGGUCGAUGAUACAUUUCUAUCGAUAGUCGAAGCCCGACUCUAAUCGACAACAUUCUUGCUGUGAGAUAUCGAUAAGUGUUCAGUAGUAUUGAGAAAUGCCGUGUCGAUGUUGUUUGUUCGCGUUUCGUGUAAGUCCCGAUAGACGCGCGAGACACAAUGAAUGUCUCCCGAUUAGAUUAGUAUUUUGUAAAUCAGCAGCUGUUUCGUACUUUUUUACCGAGAAUGUCAAUGGAUUUGAUGUAACUAAUAAUUUUAAGGGCACGCUUUAAAUCUAUAGUUAAUCGAAUGGAACAAUCGUUUUCUACUAACUAACGUUAUGUACCUAACUAUGUAUUCGCUCUCGUGAUAUUAUCAUAUAGCCGCGGUAAGGACUAGGCGAUGUAGCCGUUUAAUGCGGAUUUGUUCGUUGGAAUUGUGUCUUUGGUAAAUAUAAUAUUAUCGAUAAUGUGAUAUCCACGACUUUGCUUGUUUUGUAUAUAAUUGUUUUUAUAUUUAUUCCUUACAACCCUAUUCUGUCUGUAUAAUUUUAUAUGCACAUUAUUAUGAUUUUGAAAAUUUUGUAAAGUACUUUAGUAGAUGUUUUUUUAAUCGGAGUUUUUAGUCGAACGUGGAUGUGACAUAUCGAUAGGUUAUCGAUAUCGAUAAAUAGAGAUAUUUUUUGAUACGACCGUCAGGUGUUGUCGAGUAGCGCCAAACACCAAAUAGGGUUGUCUCGCGACGUCCGUCGACAACAUCCGCCGAGUAAUGUUCAAACUACGAUUAUUUGUUUAUUAUCCUAGUUAUACAAACAUGUAAUUUACUUAUUGCUCGCUUUAGUCGGUAGGAGUUGUAUGCGACUGUCGUUACGUCAUGCACAAAUUGGAUACGCUAAAACGACGUUAUUUAGUCGCACGUUUUACAUAAAAUAAUAAUGUAAUAUUUUUAACACAUCACAUAUCUACUCAUUGCUACUAUUUAUAUAAACUGUGCGUUAGGUAGACCACGGUGUAUUUGAUAUAUGGCACUGUUUGCCGAGUAUGCCUUAGGUUAACUUAGCUAUCUUUUUUUUUUUAUAUAUCCUCAUCGAUUGACAUAAUACUGCUGACUUUUUUUUUUCUAAAUUACCCAGUAUGACAGUUUCUAUUUAAAAAAUGAUAAUGAUGAUGAUAAAUAAUUAAAACUGUGCUCCACUCGUACUCCUUUUUUUGUAUUUGUAUUUUUAAUACUUCAUUACUACUACAUGCUCUGUUUUCAAUAUUAUCGAUGAGUAGAGUUCGCUAACACACAAUGAAAUAGUUUUGUAUCUUCAAAGCCCCUCAUUGCAUUUAGGGUCGGCAGAAGGCGGCCGUCAGACAUCUCUCAAGUCCGGUUAACGUUUUGCUUCGGUUGUGUUACUUAUACUUAUGAUUAUUAUUGUAUUUGAGAUUUAUUUUGUAUAAUAAUGAUGUAAUAAAUUGCUAAAAAAAU